GGGCGUCGUCUCCACCUUCAUCGCCCCGGUCAUCGCCGUCGGUUCAAGCGCCCAGGCUCUCUUGAGCCAGAUGGCGGCAAGCGCUCCGUUGGGGCGCGAUUUCUCACUGGCCACAGUGCUCGCUCCCCUUCCACCGGCGGCCUUCGGUGAUGUGGCGCGGCUGCUUUCCGCGGCCCCCUCGGCCUUGGCAGUGCCUUUCGUCCGGGUGCUCGCGGAGCGGAACCACGGGGUCGAGUUGCCCGACAACGCCGUGACGAAUGUCAUGUGGAGGCUCGCUCACUAUCUUAACAUCGGCAAGGGCGUUGAUUUUGAUUUCAACAUUCCGUACUUCAAAGAACUGCAAAAGCUUGUGCCUUCGGCCCCCACAGUUGAGGUGCGCUCCACUCACGGUCGUUGCCCCCGGUGCCACGCUGCAGACCUCCAGAAGUGCGCCCCAAAGACAAGCAGCCGGGUGGCCUUCAAUGUUCAAAGGCGCAAUGGCGGCAAGAUGGUUCUGGAGAACCGGUGCCGCGUUUGCACCAUGGGCGCCGGGGUCCAGAACGCCUCCUUCUCGGAGGAAUACUGCCCCAAGUGCGCCUUGCAUUUCCUCGGGCAGUGGCAGUGCGAGAAGCACGACAGAAGUAGCGGGCGAGGGACUUACGGGAAGAUGAUAAACAUCAAGCUCGUUUCGGGGUCCAGCUCCCUCAAGUAUUUCUUCGUUCCGCGCGAGAAGGCUUGGUACGCCGUCGACGCGAAGCUAUUGCAGUUCCUCGCGGACGAGCUACACCACAGCGGGGGGACAUUCAAUUCUGCAGUUCUGGCAUGGAGCGAGCAACACACUGAGCUCGCGCAGCGAGGGCUGAUUCCUGGCGAAGACUUGACGCUUCUACGAGCCAUUGGCGUUCGCUUGGAGGACGCUUGGUAUGCGCACCACGCUGCCCGCCUUGCCGGCGGCGCCACAUCCGAACUCACGUGGCCUUUCACCAGGGGCGGCUUGGAGUCGACGUUGCUCGCUCUCGCGCCAGCCGUGCGCCAAGCCGACGUCGAGCGCGCCGUUGAGCACGCCCGCGCUUGCCCGAAGUGUGCUGGCGAUCUCCUUGUCCUUCUGGACGGGAAGUACGGUGCGCGUCGAUUCAUAUGUGGCGGGCUGGACGGUUGCGAAAACAUGGGCACGCUGCAGAUGGAACUCUACACGGGGUGUCUGAAGAAUCCCCCCGCCGGGCUAUUCUUCUGCGCUCGAUGUCAGACGGCGCGUGCUGGACAGAACAAUCUCAUCCCGCAGACGCAGAUUUUGGGCAUCGCUCCCGCGGCCGCCCCGAACGGCGAAGCGUCUGCCCUGAGAUACUUGGCGCGCUGCUCGGAUCCAGACAAUCCGAGCGAGACCUUCGACGCCUUCCCGCCGAGGGCGGAAGUAUCACAAGAGCUGCUAGCAACCUACGAGAAGUCUCUGCUUCCAGCACAUGGAGACCAUGGGAACAAGAAGGCGCGGCCUGCGUGGCUCAAAGGCCACCGACAGGUCACGCGCUGGCUGAAGGCACAGAACCCAGCGUGCCGAGGGGGCGCCAGCCCCGGGGCCGCCGCCGCUGCUCGCGGCCGAGGCGCGGGCGGCCGCGCGGCCGCCAGGGGGCGAGGCGGCGCCCGGGGGCGCCGCGGCCGCGGUCGCACUUCCGCGGCGACGGCCCGUUCCCGCCGACCAGCGGCAGCAGGGCUGCCAAGGAAGCGGAAGGCGCCCGCGCCGAAGCGAGCUGGCCGCCCCGAUUUCACGGCCGCCCGCUCCUCUGCGCCACAGCCGCCGAGUCGCCCCACGCGCGGCGGCGGCGGCGACACUGCAGGUGCGAAGCGCCAGCUUUGCCGCGGCUGGCUUGCGCUGGACGACGAACAGAAGCAGUCGAUCCUGGCCUGCGGCGUCGACAAGCUCCAGGGCUCCGACAAAGUCCGGAGAUGCACUGGCGGCAUUAUGACGGCCGUCACGUCUUGCGGCUGGCUCGUGGAUUGGAUGGAGCUGACCCGCGGCGAAUCCAUCGAGGUCGUGUACGCCUUCGCCUUGCGGCUCCAAGCGGAGCCCCCGCUCGCCUUCGUGGGCCCCUCGAUCGCUCGAGAGGGCGCCCCGGGCCUCGGCUGCGUCAUCGGGUGGCUCGGCUACAACAACGCCUGCAAGUUGCUCUCCAUGGCACGCGCCGGGAAAGAUGAUUUUCUGCCGUGGACGAAAUCGCUGGCUGAGGAAGUGCGCAUUGUCCUGGACGGUUUCCACAGGGACAACCACACGUGGUGUCUGAAUGCGCUCCCGGAAGUUGACCCGCUGCAGCCGGCGAACGAGAAGUUUUUGGCGUUGAGGAACACGGAGGCUUGCGAGCAGCUCAAUGCGUGGAUCAGCCCCCGGACGCGCAUAUGCCUCGAGAUGACGAGAGCCCAUUUCCAGCUCCACUGGUGGAUAUCAUGGCUGAUUCGCCAUUCCCGGCUGCGCCCUUCACGCUCGCGGGGCCCGCGAGCGCUCUUUGCUGGCGGGUGGGGCGAGGCAGGCCGCAAAGGCGACCUCGAUUGCGCGCCCGCCUUGGCCCCGCCCCCGCGCGAAGCCGCGGCGGGCCCGAGCGACGCCAAGGGGGGCGAUUGGCGGGGCUUGCGCAGCGCAUUGAUGUUCGCGCUGUGCUUCCGCAUCGCGGGCGUCGCCGGGGCGGGGAAGGGCGCCCGUCGAAUGGCCCGCCCCGCGGAGGGCGCGCUACCCCCCGCGCUCGCCAAGGGGGGGAUCCGAGCAGCCUAUCGCCUAAUGGAGAGUCAAAACCCAUUUCCCGAGGAGGUCGCGCGGCGCGCGUCGCCGCUGCUGUGGGCCAUCGCGACUGCGCUGGGGAAGGCGACGUCGCUGCGCCCCUCCUGCGUGCACGUCCACAUCCUGCUCCUCAUUGCGACAACGUUGGGCGCCGUCCAGCUCAAGUACGGCGGGAUCCUCGCGCGCCGCUGCAACCUGCUCAUGCUGCAGCACGGCGAGCCGGGAGAUGGCAAGUCCAAUGCCUUGUGGCUCGACGUUCAGAUCCUGUCCUACUACGACCAGGUGAGAGAGGCCCGCGCCAAGCGGAGGUACGAUGCCGCUCUCGAGAGGCAUGAGCGAGACCCGGAGACCGAACCCAAACCAGAAAAGAAGCCAGAGAAGGAUUCCAUUUUCAACAUGGGCACCUUCAUUGGCCUUGGAGGGUUCCCGCAGGCGCAAGAGGAUGCCGCGUUCCUGGCGCUGCACGAGGGGAAGACGCGGCUGCCCCAGACGUUCGACAGUGGGCCUGGCGGCGGCAUUGAUGACCUCAACCAAAUCCACGACAACCACGACAACGACCUCUCCAAUAAUCACCCCGGUAACAGCCAAAACAGGUUCCGCGUCAGGAGCCCGCACUUGCGCGGGGCAGUCAUGAUGCACGUCGAAGAGGUUUAUGACCAGGCGCAUAAACCAGACUCAACAGCGGGCAUGAUGCGCUUCCUCGUGGGCCACUUCAUCGCGGUGGUCAGCAAGAUCUUGCCCGACUUGCCCCCGCCGCAGCUUGCCCGGAUUCUGGAUAGCGGCCCGAAUUACUUCAACGAUCUGACCUACGACGACGUCGUGGAAGGCAAGGAGCGGCGUGACGAGAGGGGCUCGAGCGACCGCUUCUCCAGAGCUCGCGGGACGCACUUCCUGCCCUGGGCCCCAGAAGUCAAGGAGCACUUCCGCACCGAGUUCAACAAGUCUGCCGAUUUCGUCCGCGGCGAGGCCCGGGCGUCCAAGGGGGAUAACGAGGACAGCGGAUAUUCCGCCGUCCGGAAGGACAUGACGCGGACGCCCCAGUUCAUCCCGCCGAUCGACGUGGGGGAGAAAGUGGUGGGAUUCCUCCUGUGGAAGGCUGGCAAGAGUGAUAACCAGGUACAGGAGAUGACUGGGGAAGUGAUUGUGGAAUGUUUGGGAAAGCGUGCCAACGCGAACAUCGCUGCCCUAUUGGACGACUUGGACCCGUCCCACAUUCUCCCCGAGGUGACGCGGCCAUCAGUUGACGCCGCCGUGGCGUUGGGGGACUGGUUUGCCAAGAACUUCCAGAUGACGGUGCGCGCCAAGGAGGUAACCGAAGACUUCAUGGAGGCCCGCGCGCGCUUCGCAUCCAUGCCGCCCCCCGCCCUCGCGUCUGCGGAAAGGCUCGUAGGGCAUGAUGUCGUGUCCAAGGUGAACCCCAUGCUGACCUUGCAGCGCAUCGCCAACAAUUGGAACGUCAAAGCUUUCGCGCAGAACCCCUUCACCACCGACGCCGACAUCAGGGCUUUGCAGCUGGAUUACGUCAUUCUGACGCACAUGGGCUUCCUCCUCGUCGCAGACGGUCGCGUCGCUGCGGCUGCGUGCGCGGCCGACAGCGAGAGCUUCGCGAGAGCCGCCAGCCGCAUGAUGAAGUGGGACCCCAGCGUCGUCCUCCGCGACCUGCGCGAGUUGGCGCCCGAGGGCGCUGCGGGCGCGCGCGAGGAGGGGGACCAGGGCGUGGCCGAUCAGAUCUGCCAAGGCUUGAAGGACAUGCUCGACGGCAAGCCGGUGGAUCUUGACCAGCUCCGCGCUCUGGAGGCCCCUCUCGUCGCCGAGGUGCGCGGCCAGAGCGUGCCAGCGUCGCAGGUGGGCGCCCCUCCGCCCGUGGGCCCGCCGAGCCAGCUUGGCGCUUCGGCCGCGACAGCGUCGGGGCUCACGCAAGCCGCGCCCCCGGCCGCAGACGAGGCAGCAGCAGGAACUGGAGGCUCUCGCAAAAGGAUGCGCACUGAGGCCCCGCUGGCGGAGGACAGUUUCGAGGAGGAGCCUGGGCUCAAGAAGAGGAUCCUGGUGUCUAUCCUGAGCAGCGCUCAGAACCCGUACGCGGCUGCCAAGAACAAGUCCUCGUUCACUGGGGCCACCCCAGAGGUCAUCGAGAGUUCCAUGCGCCUGAUGAUUCGGUUCGCCGACGCCGCUGGCUUCGGCACGCUCCAACACGGAGGGUCCGCGGUGCAAAUGCACCAGGUGCCUGCCGAACACAAAAACGCUGUUUACCAGGAGCUCCAAUCACGCUUGGGCCUCACGCCAAAAGGCACAAAAAAGAUGAAGGAUGCAAAUGAUGCUCGGGUGCCGUCGUCGGACUUCGACUUCGCAAACUUCAUGAGCAAGGCCUCCCUUCUGGGGGACAGCUUGAAGAACGCCGCCUGA